AGCAAGAAGAAGAAGAAGAAAAGUAAGUGUGUAUGUGUGUGUGUGGGUGCGUAUUCGUGUUCGUGUAUGUGUGUGUGUGUGACAGAGAGAGAGAGGAAGAGAGAGAGAAGAGGGGGAGAUUCAGAGUCUUGCUUUCCUGAGCUGAGAGCUGCUGGUUCCCAAGCAGAAAGUAUUAGGAGAAACACGGCUUCUUGUGUCUUUGCUGCAUUUACACAAUGAAAUCACUUCUAUUUUUAUUCCUGCUUACCGGCCGGUUUUGCUUGAAUCCACUCCGAGCCAUGGACGACGGGAACAAAAAAAAAAAAAAGUACUUAAAAACAACUAGGCAAAAAAAAAAAAAAAGGAGGGAAAGAAAAUCCUAACAAACCCAACCACGCUGGGAUGAGGAUUACUCACUUUAGCGCUGCCUGCGGCCGCACGCAGGAGCUACGGUGCCGAGGGGGGCCGGAGCCGCCUUCCCAGUUUGCCCCUGGAUGCCCCGGCAAGCUACGGGAAAAGUCUUUGGGAAGCUCAGCUCGCCGCAGGAUCCCGACCGUCGCCGCUGCAAGCGCAGCACAUCCCGCUUCGCCUCCUCUCUCUCUCCCGGGCCCUGGCGCCGAGGAAGCAGUCGAGGUCAGCUGCCCGGUUCCUGGGGUCCGGCCGUGCUCGAGUUCGCAGGGUGAUACAAGGUGCCCGGCCGCUCCGCUCCUCCCCGGCGCGCCGUCGGCACCGAAAAGGAAUGGUCCCGAUCCUGGGCCGUGAAAGAUGGCAAAAAGCGUAGUAACAAUAAUAAUAAUAAAAGCUUAGGCUAAUUUUUUUUUUUUCAAUUAUUGUAAUGACUUCACCCGCCAGUUUUCUCACUCGCUAGUUCAGUGUAGGCAAGCCAGAUGGGCUGCCCAGACCCUCCCGGGAAAGGGGCAGGUGCGAGUGAGUUAAAUUUUUUUCUGCUUUACAAAGAAAGAUGACACGUCCUGCCCUUUCACUUCUCAUCGCCGAAAGAUCCCCUCUUCCUCCCCCCCCACUCCCGCCCUCCCCCUGGCCGAGGGGAGCGGGGAUGCUCGGGGGGUGCGGGCUCCCCCCGCCCGUGCUCCAGGGGAGCCGCAGAACCAGGCGGACCGAGGCAGCCGGAAAGACACGGUCAUUCCUCUCAGCCAGGGAUGCCAAAUGACAGACGUCGAAUCGGGGAGAGUCAACUCCUGUGUUUAAAAUCACGCGAAGACGCUGGUGAAAUUAAAGCAGUCGUCUGGAAUUGUGCAAUAGGCACGCGCUAAUAUUAUCUCUUUUUUUUUUUUUUAAUCGAUUAAAUGCAUAAUUAACAGCUUCCUGAGCAUUGCAAAAAAACAGACUGGCUAGUUAGAAAACUCGAGCAUGAGUUAUAUGCAGCCCGGGCCAGAAUGGGACUCGGGCGGAGGGAAAUUACCGGGUUUUUUUUUUUUUUUUUCGGGGAUCAGUUGCUGUUCUGCUGAGAGAGAGAGAGAGAGAGAGCGAGACAGAGCACUCUAAGGCUCUGACUCUCCGUGUUCACAGCGGACCUUGAUUUAAUGUCAUACAAUUAAGGCACGCGGUGAAUGCCAAGAGCGGAUCCUCAAAGCUUCAUCAAAGAUCUCGCUAGAGCAUACCAUAACAAUGACGUUAAUAACAAAAAUAAUUGCUACGAGCUUAAAAAAAAAAAGAAAGAAAGAAAGAAAGAAAGAAAGAAAGAAAGAAAGAAAGAAAGAAAGAAAGAAAAAGAAAGAAAAGGAGAGACAAAGCAAUAAAGAGCUCGACAACCUAUACUCACCUACGGAAACCGAGACUAACUAGGACUGGUGGACUGAUUGGCUCAGCCCAGUGGAAAGGAGAUGCCGCUGCCACGGGACGGGCGCCCGCGGGGGCAGCUGUCAGCAGAAGGUAACGGGGCCGUGGGGGGCUACUGGAGCGGUGCGGUAGCCGCGGUGUUUUUUCAAGGUAGUGGUGACUCGACCUCUAGCUUUCUUGGGCUGAACAAUGUAAAGUCGAUUAAUGGAAAAUAAAUACAUUUUCUAAUAUUA